AUGGCAUCAUCGAAAUAUAGCAAAGGUCGUAAAUGCAUUUUCAUCAGCAAUCCAAAGCUAAUUAACAUAGCAACGCGGAGCAAUAAACGAAUCCUGAAAUUGGAUGAUACUGAGUUUGUAAUUAAUGAUGAGCAAAUGAUUGCAACGUCUGAUUUUUUGAAGCGAAUGCUUAUUGGUGAAAAGAAAAAAGUGAUUGAGCUUGACGAUUUAAAAAAAAAACAGCCAUGCUUCGAUACAAUCGGUUUAGCAAUUGCAGUUUCAUUUGCAAAUGGAUGUGCCGAAAUACUACUAAAUCGAAUUAUUAGUGCAUUAGCAGCAGCAAAUGCAUUGGAAAUGUGGAAUAUGCGUAAAGCAAUCAUCGAACAACUUUGCAUAUUAGCUGCACAACCGGAAAGUGCACCAUUUGCUAUUAAUGUUGCUGUGUGUAAUUUGGAGAAUGAUAAGGCAAAAUAUGUCGUAAAGCAAUCCUUGAAUAAGUUCAAUGAAGUAAUCAAGCAACGUAGCUUUGUUGUUAUCAGUGAUUUAAGCUUCGAAUUCUUCAUUUCUCUUUUUCUUUACGAGCAUUCUUCCACCAUCGAGAAAAAUGAGAAGUGGACAGUAGCAGAAUCAGCAGCAUGGGCAAUCAAAUUCUGGUGCGGCAAUGAUAAUCAACGUUACACGUUUGCAAAGAAUAUACUCAAUAAAUUACGACUUUUCUGCGAUUUUGAUAUUAUCGAUCACAUUGAAAGAUUGAUUGCUCCAAAUUCUCGAAAUAAAGUGGAAAUGAUUAAUGAUACUGCAGCUCAAUACAAUAAGCUUAAAAUAACACGUACAAAUACUGAUGAUCCAAUUACUGAUUUGAAUGAAUCGUCGAAAUUUGAAACAUUCCAUCAAAUUGAACUUCCAGCAGUUAAACCGGAUGCCAACGGAAUUCGCCAUUACUCAUUCAUCGUUGAAUUUGAAGCGCCAAAGGAAUUGCUUAUCUCGAAUAAGCCAAAAUUUAUCGGCUUACAACUUGAAGCAAUUCUUGACUGUCCGAAUCAAUAA